CAAUUCAUUUACUUAACAAACUUUCAAAAGCAACAGAAAGAAGAAAAAAGAAAAAGAAAGACAGACAAAACAAAGCUCGACACAUUAACAAUGGCAGCCAUCAGUUUUGCAAAGAGUGCUGCAGUAAUGAACAUCUCCGGUUCAUUCCCUCAAACCCCAUCUACUUGCAUUCCUUCAUCAUCUGUAUCAUUCCGCAAAGCCUCAAGUGUUAGCUUCUCCUCUAUUCAAGUCUCAAGUUUCAAUCCCAACCAAGACAGGAACACAGUAGCUAGAGAAAUGAAGUGCAGAGCUAAAGAUCCAUUAGCUGAACAAGCAGUAGAGAAACUAAACGAGGGCAUUGCAAAAGCAACAGAACUGUCUGACAGUGCAAUCGCUAAUGUGACAGAAAACAUCGAAACAGCCAAAGCGAAAGCAGGAGAAUUACUAGACCAGUUGAAAGAUAACACGUCGGAAUCGAUAGAGAAUGUCAAAGGAAAGGGUGAAGAAUUGAAAGAAAAGACUGAAGAUGUGGCAGGAUCCGUGAAAGAUAACGUAGUAGAAGGAACCGAGAAGGCAACUGAGACUGCAUCUAAUUUAGGUGAGGAAGCUAAAGAGAGUGUAUUAGAUGUGGGAGAGAAAGCCAAAGAAAUUGCCAAGGAAUCUUGGGAAGCUACUAAAGACACAACACAGAAAGUCAAGGAGGCUGUUGUUGGUACAGAUGUGUUAGAGAUGUAAUUAGAGUUUCAGUUCAUCUCUGGUCAGCUGAGCAAGAGGAACAAAUUUUCAAUUUGGUAGAAACCAAGAUCCGACACAAAGACCCAAUACAAUUUGUUUGUGUUUUUUAUACAAUUUGUUCAAACUGAUUACAAUUCAAUGUGCUUGGAAGCAAUACAUGCUGUUGUAAAAUACUAGAAAUCUUAUCUGGGAAAUUCGGUCAAGAGAAAAAUGUUAUUUCUAGUCAUGAAUUCAGUUUCAUAGUAGUUGAUGGCUAGAAUAUAUUGCUCAUUUUCUGCAUCA